UGGAUUUGCCAGCCACGCAAGUUUCACUCUCUUCCCUUUUCGGAGCCUCUCGCUCGCGAGGGAGGCCUCUCCAAGGCCGACAUGGAGCCCGGCCGGCCGAUGUGAGCACCGGGCUGGCUGAACUAUGGUCUGGCUGGGGCUCUUCCCAGCCUUCGCAGCCACGGUCACAUUAAUCCUGAUUCAGAUGAAUACAGGGGAAUGCCUGGGAAUACACCCCAUCCCCAGUGACGUGCAUAGCCAUGGUGUACUUGCGGACAAGCGACCCUUCAUCCACCCCGGCAGCAGAGAAAGGAGGAACGUGAUGUGUAGGUCAGGGUACUACCCCCAUCCAAACAGAACUCACUGCUGCAUGCUAUGCCACAAAGGCAAUUACGUUGCUCAGCACUGCGUGAGCGAAGAUAUGACGCCCGACUGUACACCAUGCCCUGAGGGAUCCUUCACGGAUUGGGAAAAUUCUGCAGGAAAUUGUCGCGGGUGCCAACGCUGCUAUGCAAACUUGGGGCAGGUUGCAUUGACCAACUGCAGCAGGACCCAGGACACUGUCUGUGGCUGUCCCAGCAACCACUAUCGGACUAACGACAGCCCCGAGUUCUCCUGCAAACCCUGCAGCGCCUGUCACAACGGAACCAUCUUGAAAAAAUGUACCACGUCCAGCGAUACGGUCUGUAGGUGUCACAAAGGGUUUUUUCUGCAGACUCGGAAGAACAGCUGUUCACCGUGCAGCAGCUGCCAAGGGGAAGAGUGCAAACAAGACUGUGAUGUCACGUCCGAAAGCAUAUCGCCCCCGAACUCCCCAGACCUGCUGAGACCCAUCCUCGGCUGCCUGGUUGUCGUCUUCGCAGCUGCCUUCCUGUUGCUGGCAGUGAAGCAGCUCAUCAAGCAGCCCAUGCGGAAGAAGCUGAUCUCUACCUUCUGCGGCGCAGAGCAGCAGCCCUCACCAGACCCUCAGUUACCACAACCUGGGGGACAGGGGACUAGGAUCCCUGAGAAAUCAAACCAGGAAGAAACGCUGUUGCCGCCUAGAACCAUAGCAGUGUCACCAAACACACAAGGACUACCAGACAGUCUACAACAUAGAGGAGAGACUCAGAUUCCAGACUCUCCUGCAGUUUUGUAUGCCGUGAUAGACAACGUGCCAUUUUCCCAGUGGAAGGAAUUUGUACGCCACCUGGGACUGACUGAGAAUGACAUACUCAGGAUUCAGGUGGAGGAGUGGAACAUGCGAGACGCACAGUACAAGAUGUUAAGUUAUUGGAGGCAGCAGUCGGGCCAGUGCGCCACAAGGGAGCGCAUCCGCAGCGUCCUCCAGGAGAUGGAGCUGAGCGGCUGCAGUGAAGUGAUUCAGGAGGCGUGGUCGAGUCAGGCCAGCAGGCUCACGAGAGGGCCCCAAGAACGUGGUUCAGCCGUGCAUAUCUUUGUGUCCUGAUGGCUGCAGCGUCUCGGGUGUGAACGAGCCAUGGUGGAACUUUCCUGUUGCGCUGCAUCGCCUCCGAUAACAGUACUGCACGGUUCGCCUCUCCAGAAUUCUGAGCAGUCACCCCAUGAGCAUGCAUCUCUGUGUGGAACAGCCGUCAGCUCUUAUUGUGAUCCCUCCUCCUUCCUGACCUGGAUUUCUGACCCCGUUUUGCAUAUGUGGUUUCUCAAAAAUAUUGCAUAUGUAUAAUCCGAAAGGAGAUUAUUUUCGUAAAUUCCCUACCUCAUGGGACUUGUGUGAGAUGCCUGUUGAAGCAAUGCCGUUUCCGGCCUUCUUAUGCUCUCCUUUAAUCUGUUUGCAGCCAUCUCAGUCUCUCCCUCCCUCCCCUCCCUCAUUUUCCUUCUCCAUCUGGCUUUUAUCAACGAGGCUGAAGUUGGUUCCUGAUUCAUUCCUUAUUCCUUAUUCAUCCAGAAACAGUGAGAAGAGUUUGAAAGCGCUGAACCCCAAAAUAAGACUUGGACCCCCAAACCUCCGCACAGCAGGCAUAAUAGUCCUUCCAUCUCCACAGGGGUCCCUUGGAAUUGCGACCUGUAGGGAAGAGGCCGUUUCUAACCGAAAAUUUCAAGAACCCGCACCAAAUGAUACUUCCAAAGAUCUUGGGGUGGGGUGGGGGACAGCAGAACACUUCCGCUUGUACCGAACUAGGGUAAAUGUACUAAGUCCCAGCUUUCAUUUUCCAAACUGUAAGUCUCUAGCCUCUCCAUUUUGAAGUUGUAAGAGGAAAGGCGAAGGCUUGCUGUUGCCGCCUACACCCACACCAGGGCCACCAGCUUUAUUCUAAACCUCCUCCUCAGUCACCAGUACUGAAAGUCCAUUGCUAUGACUGCUUCACUGCUUCAAGAGUGAGCCAGUAUCACAGAGUCUAAUCAUCCAGAUCCCAAAAAAGUGCCUAGAAGGGAUUGGAGGUUCACGCCAUGGAGGUUUCCUUAGGCUGGCUGCAACACAUGUGCUUUGCAAGCCGAACGUUUGCAUUCGGUCCUUGGCGUCUCCCAUCCCAGAAUCCCAUAAAGCAGGCUGGAAAAAAGCUGUUGCCCAAGAUCCAGAAGAACCACUGCCAGUCAGACCAGGACCAAUGGACUGACCUGGGACAAGGACGCUUGAUGUAAUUCAGUGGUCCCAGAUGGUGCUGUUCAGUACUUUGUAUACAAAAAUACAGCCAAUGCUCCUGUCUCUGCGCCUGUAUAUAUGCAAGUUUGAGAAUGUGCAAGUUUGAGAAUAUGCAAGUAACGUUGCAACUUUUUGAUUGAUGUCGGACAGUUUUUUAAUACACAUAUUUUUUCAGUUCUAUGUAAACUGCCUUGGACAUGAAUUUAAUGGACAGACAAAAUGUAAAUCUUUGCAUUAAACAAGAUGGAGUGAGUGAGUCUCUUUGAUCCAAUGAAGGAGGAUGGAUGGGUACUCCGUUUAUGUUGUUGUGAAUCCAUCACUUCUGUGUGAAUGACAUGUACAACCACUACGUGAGGCUAUCCAGUUUGGCACCCAUGGAAUUGUUUUCUAGUACGUUCACUGGGGUGUGCACAAAAAAAAAAAUGCCUGUAUUUUUCGGCUUCGGGUAAAUCAGACCCAAAAAAUAUCGGUAAAUGCUGAAUUUCCCCAUUCCAGUACUGGUAAAGUAUUCGGAUUGGGGAAAUAUUUGGUAUUGCUGAGUAUAUUUGGGUCUCAUAUACAGCACCAGAGGGAAAGGAGGCAUGUUAACAUGCCUUCUUUCCCUCUGGUAGCCCCUAGAGAUUACCUUGUCAACUUCACUGCCUGCGAGUCAGCUGUGAGUGAUAUUGAAAAGGGAGAGCCGCUCUCUGCCUACCCUUCUCUAGCUGACAGCUGGAGAAGGGCAGGCAGGGAGCCCAGGCAUGUUUAAAAUGCCGCUCUUUCC